AUGUUUUUGAGGUUCCAGUUCGUGCCGUCGCUGCAGCCGUUCCUGCAGACCCUCGCCAUCGGCCUCGUGUCCUUCGGGGAGAACUAUCGGAGCGGGGACCUCGGCUUCGGGGUGGCGGCGGGGUCGCUCUUCACCAGCGGGAAGUUCGCCCUGGACCCCGAGCUGCGCGGGGCCGAGUUCGAGCGGCUGACGCAGAACCUCGACGUGCACUUCUGGAAGAGCUUCUGGAACCUCACCGAGACCGAGCUGCUGGCGUCCGUGGCCAGCCUGACGGCGGUGCAGGUUGGGGUGUGCCGGGCCCUGGCCGUGCCCCCCGAGCCCCUGGAGCUCCCCUCGGUUCUGGAGCCCUCUCAGAGCGUCACCAUCGCCCCCCCCGCGGCUCACACCGGGCCGGGGCCCGUCCACGUCCGGCUGCUCUCCUACCACCUGCGCCAGGGACAG